AUGUAUACCUAUUUUGAAAAUAUUCAAAAAACGUCAUUAGAUAAUGACAUUUACAAUUAUAUCGAACAAAUUCUAUCUACAUUGGGUAUUGAUGUUCAUGUUAAAGAGGGAUUUGAAAAUAUUUUCAAGUCCAUUACCGAAGAGAUCCAAAAUUUAAAACGUUAUGUAGGUACAAGUGCAAAACAAAUAGAAGAACAACAAAAAGCAAUUAAUCAUUUACAAAAACGAUUAGAUAAUAUUGAAUCAAAAUCACUACUGCGAGAUAUUCAAAUCGAUGCUUAUGAAGUAGUAAGAUUAUUUCAAUUUUAUUACGUCAAUAAAGUAAUUUGUAAAAAAACUCUUCACCUCACAGGAUGGAUUCGUUUUAUAAAUGAAUGGUGUAAAAUUGAAACAGAAGUUAUACGAUUAUUAAAAGUAGAUAAAAAAGAAGUUUUUACUGAUCAAGUACAAAAUCAUUCAAUGGUCGCUCAACUAUUGAAUCCAAUUUAA